AUGGGUGCCAGACAUCUCAAGACGGCGGCGUUGACGGCCAACGUGGCCACCAACCAGAAGGUCACCGACAUAGUAAAAGGGGUCAUUGAUGACAUCAAGGCAAACGGCGACAAGGCGGUGCGAUCAUAUUCAGAAAAGUUUGACAAGUGGUCCCCCGAGUCCUUCAAGCUGUCAGAAUCCCAAAUUCAGGACAUCAUCGCCAAGGUCCCAGCCCAGACCGUUGCCGACAUCAAGGAGGCACAGAAGAAUGUCAGGACAUUCGCCGAGGCUCAGAGGGCCACCAUCACAGAUGUCGAGAUUGAGAUUCAGCCAGGUGUAUUUCUCGGCCACCGAAACAACCCAAUCGACAGAGCCGGAGCAUACAUUCCUGGAGGCCGAUACCCCUUACUCGCCUCUGCACACAUGACCAUUAUCACGGCCAAGGUUGCAGGUGUCAAGCACGUGAUUGCCUGCACACCCCCUAUCGCUGGCGAGAUCCCGUACGCUACCGUAGCAGCGGCCCACUUUGCUGGCGCCGACGAGAUCUUCCUCCUGGGCGGCACCCAGGCCAUCGCCGCCAUGGCGCUCGGCACCGAGACCAUCAAGAAGGUCGACUUCAUUGCCGGGCCCGGUAAUGCCUUCGUGGCCGAGGCCAAGCGCCAGCUCUUCGGUGAGAUCGGCAUCGACCUCCUGGCGGGCCCGACCGAGGUGCUGGUCGUGGCCGACGACCACGCGGACCCCUUCACCAUCGCCACGGACCUACUCUCGCAGGCCGAGCACGGCCCGGACACACCUGCCGUGCUGAUCACCACCAGCGAGCAGGUCGGCAAGGAGUCGAUCCGCUUCGCCGACGAGAUCCUCAAGAAGAUGCCGACGCGCGAGCUGGCCGGCACCUCGUGGCGCGACUACGGCGAGGUCAUCGUCGUCGACAGCCUGGACGAGGCCUACGAGCUCGCGGACGUCUUCGCCAGCGAGCACGUUCAGAUCUUCACCCAGAACCCCCGCGAGGCGCUCGACAAGAUGACCAACUAUGGUGCCCUCUUCCUGGGCGAGAAGACAUGUGUCAGCUACGGUGACAAGUGCAUCGGUACGAAUCACGUCCUGCCCACCCGGCACGCCGGCCGGUACACGGGAGGUCUGUGGGUCGGCAAGUACCUCAAGACGCAGACGUACCAGGAGGUCGUAAGCGAAAAGGCAUCCGGCGAGAUCGGCCGUCUCUGCGGUCGCUGCUCGAGAGCGGAGAACUUUGAGGGCCACGCAAGAUCGGGUGAUCUGAGGGCGUACAAGUACCUCAAGGACCCCCAUGAGUGGAUUGAUGAGGCUAAGAAAUGA